AUGUCGGCUACUAUUCGCUCUAAAAUCGUCGACCUUGAUGAAUUAAUUCCUAUGCCUGGGGAUAUUCAACAGGAAGACAAGGAUGUGGAGUGUUUAAUUCCAUGGAUAUUUCGGCAUGCCACUACUGCCGAUGAGAAGAAUUCACACUGCCGAAAAGUGUCCGAGAAGCAGCGUUUUGGGCACUUUAUAGGAUCACAGGGUAUGAUGCUAAGGGCACUCAUGAAACCCAUCUAUUGCAAUCUUGAAGGUAUCAAGCGUGGAGAACCUGAAAAUUCAUUGAAAAACACAAUAGGUGGCAAGCAAUUUGGCACUAGAUUAGAAGGCGCAGUCACUCUUGGGCCGCGAGCUGAAUGCCUGCCGUUAAUACCUUACACCGGGUGGUUUGAAGGACAGACAUGGAGUCAAUUUCUGGGAGAAACUCUCAGUGUAAUGUUGGGACAGCUUGCUGCCAGCAUGAGUAUACAAAGUGAAAGCAGGGGCUUCCAGGACCAGGAAACUUUUGCCAUUGGCUUUCAUGGACUUCAUAUCCAUAUUGCCUGCGGGGUUUUCACAGCCGAUAGUAUUUCCAAAGUGCAAAGAGAGGGGUGUUCUAAAGAUGAUAUUUUUGACCUGAGUUUCACGCGGGGAUAUAAUCUCUGUGUGAAGGAAGACUGGCUAGAAGCCACGCGUGCCUUGUCAAGGUUAUUCCGAUACCUCCUGAGCCGAGAGUCUAGACCUCCGGGGAAGUAA